GGGAGUAUGUCGUCCACAGCUGUCUGUAAGGGACUGGCUGGACUAAUGGAAGUGAUGAUCGCUCCACAUCUGACAUAACUGCUUUGCUUUCUCUGCAGGAGACCAUCAGGACGGCCCUGGCCAUGGGAGCUGACCGAGGCAUCCAUGUAGAAGUCUCUAAGGAUUUAAAUUCACUCGGACCUUUCCAGGUCUCCAAGAUCCUGGCGGCUCUGGCCAAGAAAGAGAAUGUGAACCUGGUGCUUCUGGGAAAGCAGGCCAUCGAUGAUGACUGUAAUCAGACUGGACAAAUGACCGCUGCGCUGCUUGACUGGCCUCAGGCAACGUUUGCGUCAGAAGUAAAGGUAGACGGAGAUAAACUGACAGUGGUCCGAGAAAUUGAUGGCGGCCUGGAGACCAUCAGCUUAAAUCUGCCUGCGGUGGUGACCGCAGACCUGAGACUGAACGAGCCACGUUAUGCCACUUUACCGAACAUCAUGAAAGCAAAGAAGAAAAAGAUUGAAUCUGUGAAGCCGGAAGAUCUUGGGGUGAACACUGCAAGCCGAAUAAAGAUCAUGAGCGUGGAGGAUCCACCACAGAGAGAGUCUGGCAUGAAAGUGGAGACGGUAGAGGAUCUUGUGAGCAAACUAAGGGACAGCGGCUGCAUC